UCUCGUCGUGAGCUACGUGCAGAGUUCAGAUUUACCACCAAAUAUCUCAAUUGACCAUCCCGUGAAUACGCAUUAAGAGCGCGCACAUCUCACUAUUCUCAAGCGAACUGGAGAGCGAAUUUUCUUUCUGUUUUACGAGCAUCAAUGAACGUACAGCCUGCGAUGCUUGUGUUUAUACGAUUAUUGAUUUGUUAAUAAUGCGUACGGAUUCGUGCACACUUACCCAGGCUUGAUUUGAUUUAUUUAUCGUCGGUUAGAAGAAAGUAGAAGGUGUGUUAUAUUGCGGAGGCACAGAAUUUGAGCUCUUUCAUCUGCUUGGGUUUGUGAUCGAGCAGGAGGGAGGAGUGGCGAAGAAACGGCUGGCUCCUGAAUUCUGAAUCCUGCCUAAAAUCCACAAAGAUGAUAUAUCUGCCAGUGUUAUCCAUGACCUCAGAUUUACAGCAUUACAGUUUCAGGAUGCCAAAUAUAGGGUUCCAGAACCUUCCCCUGAAUAUCUACAUCGUGGUCUUCGGGACGGCCAUUUUCGUCUUCAUCCUCAGCCUACUCUUCUGCUGUUACCUGAUUCGGUUACGGCACCAGGCACACAAAGAGCUCUAUGCAUACAAGCAGGUUAUUCAGAAGGAAAAGGUCAAAGAAUUAAACUUGCAUGAGAUUUGUGCGGUGUGUUUGGAGGAAUUCAAGCAGAAAGAUGAGCUGGGAAUCUGCCCGUGUAAACAUGCCUUUCACAGAAAGUGCCUUAUUAAAUGGCUGGAGGUGAGGAAGGUAUGCCCGCUGUGCAACAUGCCCGUCUUGCAGCUGGCGCAGCAGCAGAGCAUGUCCGAAUCUGUGCCCCCAACGCAGCAGCCUCUGCCCGGAGUGGAGAACCUGGUGUAGCCCCUCAUUUUUUCUCCUAAAAAUGUGACCACCACUACCUUCACACUCCCUCAUGUACAGGUACACGCUCUCAUCCAAGGACAGAGCACAGGAUUUGUGCCCGGAGCCACGGUGACCUGUGACCUGCAUAUGUUCAUGUCCUGCCUUGGUGGCUUUACAAAGGAUUAUUAUCUUUUUCCAAUUUACAAUAAUAGAUGAUUUACUCAAUCUAUCUUAUUUUGGUUUAGUUUUUUUUUUUCCUGUGGGACAAUGACGAAGAAUUGAGUUUACUUGGCCAAGCCAUGAUUAAAGUAACUGUUCCACACCAAAGCACUUUUUUUAGGACACCAGUGAGAGGCAAAUAAAAGACAAGGACUAAAAAAAUAACAUUAAAAAUACAUUUAAAAAAAAGACAGAAACAACUUUUUUAACUAAAGUUUUUUUUU